AUGUUGAUGACAGGAUUUUUGUCGUUGAAUGUGCACGAUUCUUUGACAUUUGAUGGUGCAGAACUAUGUUUACAUCCUGACUUGUUUCCUAUCUCGUCGACUUCAGCGACUGGCAGCACCAAUGGUGGUAAUCAUACAGGUCUUGCACCGGGGGACAUGAUUGAAAUCCGUGUUUGGGAUCCAUUGCCGCAGAGUGUCAUCGCGUCUUCGGCGUCUUCCGCCGCAUCCAUCACAACAGCAAUAGGACCAACGAGCGUAAUCAAUACCCCGGCAUCAACUCCAGUCAGUACGUUGAAUCGGAGUCCACCAGAACCCAGACGAAACAAUUCCGCAAACAAUAGUCUCGCCGGAACUCUGACCCCUACUGGCGGAAACACUAGCGUAAUAAGCAACCAAAAUUUGCGACUGGCGCCUUCCCUUAUGAAGACUCCAACUCCAUUUACCACACCAAAUCCAGCAUCAUCUCAUCCUACCCCUGCACAACCUUCGAAUUCUGCGGCGUCCACGCCCACGGCGGGAAGUAUGUCAUAUGCCAGUGCUGUGGCGGGUACCAGCACUGCCCCGGCCAUUCCCAAUGAAUCAGUCACCAAUGUUCCGAGCAAAAUUCAAACCACGAAUCUCCGUCCUCGAGCUCCGUCACUGACAAAUUCAUUGGCGUACUCUGUCGAGUCAGAGAACCCGCAAAGUGGAACCCGUGCUGUCGUGGACGCCAAUAGCAGCAACCAAAGCGUAGACACAUCAGCUUCCACUGUCAAGGGAGGAGACGACCAUAUCACCACCAAAUCCGUGGGUGAAGAAUCCAAUGGAUCGGCUUCGGCGCAAGACGCGGCAACAGCUGCUACACCUCCGACCUACAACUUACUUUCGAAAUCACCAAUAACUUCACCGGCCACGUCCGUCACGCUUCCAUCGACAGCUGCCGCAAAUGCAGCUGCCACAGCCGCCUCGUUGCCACCCGUCUUUCCCAGGGGGCAAGGCAGUACCUCGGAUACCGUGUCUUUGAUGGGCACUCUUCACAAACCCAAACCCAUUGGCAUGACUCGUCGUUCCAGGACUGUUGCUUCGACGACCAAUACCACUGGCAGUAAUACUGCUCCCACUAGUUCGCGGCCCCUGGCAUACCCGUCCAAGGCUACUGGUCCACUCCAUUCUCGAGAUAUUUCGGAUGUCACCGUGGAUACUCAGCAACUGGACAAUAUGGAUUUGCUGCAGGCUGCUGGUUUGUACAGCGAUGGCAACACGGACCACUUGAUUCCUCCCGAAAACUCCUUUCCACCACGCCAGAAUCUUGCCAAUGCGAUGGCCAAUGUAAGCACUGGUAGCGACAGCAAAAAAUUGAGGUCGACGCAUAGCUUGCGAUUGUCCUUUGUCCUACUGGUGACCAACCAAACGUUGACAACUCUCAAGGGGAACACUCGGACGCAAAUUUCCAUGUUGCGACAAGUAGCCGACUUGUAUGCUUUGUCGAGAUAUGACACAGUGACAGUCCACAAGAUUACCAAGGAAGAUGAGGAAGAAGCACUCAAGGCUGUCUCCGCUGAUUAUGUUGUGGUCACUAUCAAGGAUCAAUUCAUUUCAAGAGGGGAUAUGCUGUACUUUCAGCAUACGUUAAAGGGCUCGUGGAUUUACGAAGGCGAACGACUCAUGGAACAAAGCAAGGGUAUUAAGGCACAUGCCCGCGAAAUUCGGCAUGGGAAUGCUUCGGCAAAGUCAGGAAUCGUGACGGACGAAACCAUGAUCACAUUUCGAAGUCGAUCGGCCCGUAUUUUUUGGUUGGUUCAACUGAGUUCCGAAAUGUGGGAAUACUCGUCGCCGUACGACCCUGUUGCCAAUCAAGUUCCUAUUUGUGAGAUUUACUUUGACAAGUGGAUUCGAUUUUUGCACAAGCUGUUCACGAAAUGGAAGGUAAUGGAGGUGACACACUCAUUGACGGUUAUCUUCUUUAGUCGGACCCUCAUCUACAAUGGCGAAAAUUCGACCUUCAAACUUGCGGAUGUGUAUGGUCGACCAUACGAGGAUCAUUUCAAAACAGUCAUCGAGAAUGAGACUUGUAUGGAUUGGCAUUCGUUGUUGGUUCGUAUCAAGGAGGCAUUCGUACAGUAUCCCUUUGAAGUGGGCUGGUCAUUGGACCGGCGUCCGACGAAUGCAAGUCAAGGCAAUGUUUUGGAAGCUAUCAAUCUCACACUGAACGUGAUGCAAUUCCACUACUUGGAUCGUGAUCUUCAUAGAACUGGAAAUUCACUCGUUGUCAUUUCUCCAGGUUGUGGUAUAUUUGAGGUGAAUAAAAGACUAGCGGAGAUUACAUACAAACGAAUGAUGGAUCAUGGUAUUGGGAGUGAUAUGCUGAGUUUGGGCCUCCCACCUCUUCACAUUGCCCCUAUCUUCUUGUACGCGGUUGAUCCAAGGGCUGGAACAGAAACAAGCGGUGGACAUUAUGAAGUUCCGCAUUGGAUGCAUCUAUCGUUCAUAAACUAUGACAGGGACGAUGGAGUUGGUCACCAAGAAGAAAAGAAGGACUCCAGCCCAGUGAACAAGAACAAAAUCUUGAGAUCUUGGAUGGAUUCCUAUGAAGUCGCAUCGAAUGGCUUUCUCCGUCCAAAAAUUGACGUUGAGGGACGCAUUGGCCCUGGCGAUGGGGACCGGGCGAAAAGUUUCUCUGCGAUUGGCAACGCUGCAGCCACUCCUGUCAAAGCCAAAUCCGAAGCAAAGCAAGAACGGCAACUUAUUGAGGGUAGGGACUUUCGAGAUAUCUUGGAUGCUUGUAGGCCGAAGGUUAGAUCCGUGAUUCCUUCCCCGCUGCUAUUUAUUUUGAAACAGAUCGUAGAUCAAGACGAAACGGGUCAAACAAAAUGGAUGGAUGAAGCAAGGGCCAGUCCUCUCGUAGAAUGGGGAACCGCCAAUACGGCCGAGAUGAUUGCACAGGAUCGACUGUUGAUACAGCACCUACAGUCGACGUCACGGAAGAAGAAGGAUGUGGCACAAAGCGGCAGAGCAAACAGCGAGAGUGGCUCGAGUACCAGUUCCAAAGUUGAUUAUUCACAGAUAUUGUCUACGACACCUCUUUCCACUUCGCCUAAGAUCUUCCAGCUGCAGCGCUCGAAUUCCAUUAAGCUUGGACAGAUGUCUUUUCUACCGAAAAGGGCGCCAUCACCCUCGAUGCUAAACGAUGACAGCUUGUCCGCUAGUGCAAGCACUGCAUCAGGGUCUUCACUGGGAAAGCACUCACUCGAGAUGAAAUCCACACUUGAAACAAAAGCGGAAGUGACAAUUGGCAGCAACCCAGAUGAGUCUGGUAUGAUGGACCAAAAUCAACAUAUCAUGCACCUAAGACAAUUGAUGGAAGAUCAUGAUGCGGUAGUAUGCUCGCCGUUGCUGGCUGAAGUUCAGCCUUCCAGCGAAGUCCAAAGGUUAUCAAAUACUAAAAGAUCGAUUAGUCCCGCAGUAACCUCGAGGAAAAAGUCACCACAUCACGGCGGACUUGGAGAUGCUUUGUCUCGAUAUGAAACUAAGAAACCUCGGGAAUCAGCACGAACCCUUAGAUCUCUCAGCGAUUUGCAUCAGACAUCUUUCAAACAAGACCGACCACGCAAAUCAUCACCAUUGCUGAACCCAAAGAGUGAACGGGGACAGAGAGCAAUAUCACCAGUUAUGCUGUCUCCUCCUGAUUCAGAGCUCAACCAAACCCAUCCCCAUGCGACAAAUAAGGAUGAAACUAGCCACAGCUUCAGCAGGCAUGUUUCGACACGGGACAGCAGAUUACAUGCACACAGAUCAGGAUUUGGUUCCACGAAUACUCUUCCUGCUCUCGACUUGAGUAAUCAUGGAGGUAGUCCCACAAGUCAAUUCAGGGGUUCUUCGGCGUCAGGUAUGAGGCAAAUUUACAAGCAAAAACCACACUUGCUAUCUAAAAGCCCCCCUGUUAGCGCUAGUAGGCUUCAAAGCGGCACGUACGGAUCUAAAGUAGGACAAUCCUCGAGUCCUUCUCGCAGUGGAUCCCGCGAUAGGUCAGGCCACCGUAGAUCGAGAUCUGCUGCAAAUAGUCGGAAUGGUGUUGUUCCCCAAAGACAAGCGUCCUAUAAUCCAUUCCGACAGAGUGAUGAAGACGAAGUGCUUGCUACACGAUCACACGAACGUCGAAGGUGGAGCCAUGUCUUUGCUGAGGGAGAGGUUGAGUUCAAACGACACGCUGGCCCAAUUUGGAACAGUCUCACUUCACCGGCAAUUUUGCCCCUUUCUGUUGAUUAUCUGCCAUCACCACAAGAGAUGCGCGAUGAAAGGAGGUUUCUAUUCACACCCUACAGCAUCACCCUGAGUGGAAUUGAGAAGAGUUUCUACAACACUCACGACGAGUUGAUUAUGGAGAUGGUCCGAAUGAGGGUGACGCAAGAUUAUCAGAUCGUUACGGCCAAAGCAGUCAGAGAAAGCAACAAUCGUGUUGAGAAACCACGGGAAGGACGCGGAGGAGUUUCUACAAAAAGGAGAGGGAAAUUCGAUCGCAAUUCUGAACCAGACAAGAAUGAAGCGAGCAAGCAUUAUCUGUCAAUGGGACACAUCAUACAAGUUAUUCACUACGACCCAAGCAAUGAUACUAUUGCGGUUGUUGUCUACCUUGAGGCGAGAGACUACGAUAAUUACAAGAACUACUACGACUAUGAGUACUUGCUCUAUUCAGAUGCAACAAAUCAAUAUGUAAAGUCAAGCCAAACGUUUGCCAAGUUCAAGGAAAUUUAUCGAUGGAACAUGAGCGACAACAUCAUGUGUGGAGAAUACGGGACAGAAUUAAUGACAGUGAUGAUAACCAGGAGCCUAAUUUUUUGUCUUCUCCCCCCGUCUUUUCCAGAUGAAGUCUCCGAGAAAGCCUAUGUAUCGAAAUUCAAAAGGCUCCUUGAAUAUCUUGGUAGAUUACGAGAAAAAGAAGAAGCAAAAACAGAUCUUGGAGUGGAAAUAAUGACCAGUUCUGACUGCGCAGAACCCAAUCUUGAAACACUUCCAUCAAUGAAGAAAGCUAACGAUUCCUUUGUUCAGUUCAUCGUAAGGCUGCAGCGGGGCAAACAAGAUCCAGUCGAAUGGCUACAAAUCUCAAUUGAAUCCGUCUUCGUCCCUACUCGGUCCUACAAAAUAUUUUUCAAUUGGCUUGUUGGGAGUUCAUCAAAAGUUGAAGGGCAAAUACAACUGUUGCAUCGGCGCUGUUCUCAGUUUGGUCUCCGUCUCGUCGCCAUUCCACAUACAACUACAUUUGAAAACUUGCAACAGCACGCAUUUUCUGUGCCCACAUUCAUUUGUGUUCGGAGCAAAGAAACUGUUGACGGUCUCGAUGCUCUUCUAAAGAGCAAGGAUUUUAUCUACGAAGGGGUCGAGGUAACAAAGCCAGGCCGGAUUCUUCAAUCCAUCGAAAACCGCAACGACUAUAAUUUUGAAAGGUUUCACUGGGCGAAAAAAAAAUUUCAUCGUGUGGCUUCGAAGCAAUACAUCCAUCGUUCAGGGGCACUGGUUGUGCGGAUGAUUCCUGAUUCCCAAGGGUUAGCUAUAUUGGCAUUGAUUGAGAACCGAAAGAAUGCGAGUAGAGAGAAUAAUUUCAAGGAGAUUGCGAGGAACCUCAUGCUUGAUUUGCAGCAAACGAUAAAAGACUACAAGAAGGCUGAGCCGAAGAUGACUGAAGAAGAAAAGAAGCUUGAAGUGAAGAUGGCCGAAGAAAAAGCCGAAGAAAGCGAGAAGGCCAAAGACAGCGAAAAGCUCAAACCGAAACCGGUAGAAAACAAUGAGAAGGCCGAGCCGAAGAUGAUAGAAGAAACCAACAAGCUCAGACAGACACCGAUAGAAGUAAGCGAGCAGGCCGAGGCAAAGAUGGUCGAACCGAGAGCAUCAGAAGAAAUCGAAAACGCCAAAACAAAGGUGCAAGAAGACAACCAAAAGCCCGAAGCAAAUUUGGUAGAGGAAAGCGAGAGGAUCGAGCCCAAGAUGGUUGAAACAAAGUGGGCAGAAGACAACCAACAAGUAGAAGCGAAACCGGUAGGAAACAGCGAAAAGAUCGAGCCAAAGAUGGUAGAAGAAAACGACAAACUCGAACAGACACCGGCAAAAGAAAGUGCGAAGGCCGAGGCAAAGAUGCUCAAACCGAAAGCACAAGAAGAAAUGGAAAACGCCGAAACGACUUUGCAAGAAGACAACGAAAAGUCCGAAUCAAAUUCGGCAGAGGAAAGCGAGAGGAUGGAGCCGAAGAUGGUGGAACCAAAAGCAGCAGAAGAAAGCGAGAAGGUCAAAACGACGAGGGUAGGAGGCAAGCAAAAGCUCGAACCGAAACAGGUAGCAGACACCGAGAAGAUCGAGCCGAAGAUGGAAGAAGAAAGCGUCGAAACAACGGUGGCAGAAGACAACUAA